AUCUUUAAAAAAAAAAACAAAAAACAGAUAAUUCGUGGGGGUAAUUUUGAUAAAAUAAACGCAUCAAUAAAUUGAUUAGCUUACUACAAAUAUAAAAUGGGUAAAAAGUAUUACUGUGAUUACUGCGAUAAGUCUAUGGUUGCUACGCCGGCAAUAAUAAAAACACACAAUAAAGGAUUGGAACAUCAGAAAUUGGUACAUGAACACUAUCAAGAAUAUAAAGAUCCAGAGACUAUUAUAUUAGAAGAGAGUAAAAAAAUUCAAUGCACCAGAUUUAUGAGUGGAAAUUGUUCGUUCGGACCAAUAUGCAGGUACUCGCAUUACACGAAGGAGGAAUUAGAUAAUUUGAACCUACAAGUUCAGCAACAAAAACGAAAGAAAACAAAACAGCCAGAACCGUCCUUGGAAAAUUUGUAUGAACAAUUGCAAAAUGAAAAGUCAAACGAUCUCACUGUGCAGAGCGAAACUCUCAUAGUUGAUGCGAACGGGCGGACACAUUUCCUGCCUUGGGUGUACAAUCCUAAGUUUGAUAUGUUCAAAUUACCACCGAGCCUAGAAAGGUUCACACCGGAAAAUAUGUAUUGUCCUCCUACUCAUUGGGGAUGAAUUGGAAUAUGUAUGUAUUUUUGAUGAAAGCAUCACUUGUUGCAUUUGUGUAGCUGAUAACACAAUACUUCCCUUUUAAACCAAAAUAGAUUACUAUUUUGCAUUAAAAAUAAACAGGGCAGCGGAAUGUGCAUAUAACGCUCCCUAGCAGCAGUAAAUAUGAAAAUCAAUAAAUUUUGUACACUGUUAGGUAGGAAACUGGUAUAAGUAUGCAGAGUAAACCUCAUGAUUGCAUAGUUCAAGAUGACUAGAUCUUCUGCUACAAUAUAAACACUUAUUGACGGCUUGGUCUUAUUUUGAUUACUUGACCGCCAUUCAUAACAACCAUGUGUUAUUUAUUGUCCCUAUUACAUGAUGUACUUUAUUCUCUAUGUCUAGUACUCACUACAUUGUUUUGAUUGUUAUUUAUUAUUAAUAUGUAAUUUUGCUUAACCUUAAAACUUUGGUAAACACAGUUAUAGUAAUCGGCAAACUUCUUGAGCAAAUGACCUUGACUGCGCAGAACCGAAUUUUAGGUCACUUUGGUGGUGAGGGUGAGGCGCGACGGCAGGGGAAAUCGUAUCGAGCGCGUUAUUGGUAGAUCAGUCGAACCUUGCGUCCCGCACCGCGCCCUCUUUCCGCUUGCUCCCAAAAGUACGCUUGCGUACAGUGGAAAGUCUAUCGUUAUUAAUCGUUAAGUUAUUUGUUAUAAUUGCUUGUGGACUUUGUUGCCAUUGCUAUUUGUUGAGUGUUUGUUGAUUUUUUAUAAAACAUACACUAUGCCGUGACAAACUGGUGUAGUGCUUAAAAGAAAGGGUAGAAAAUUUGUGUACGACGUAUAUUGCUUCAUUAUAAAACAGGGGAAGAAUGAUAUGGAAAAAUUAAAACAGACUUCGGAAGCAACAAAAACAUCAGUGAGUACUGUUAGGUGCAUUAUUAACGAAGCUAAAGGCUCUGGCUUGCUCGCAGUGUUUCGGACUCCGGGUAAGAAAAGAUCAGGGAAGAAGAAAGUUACCGGAAUGGAUAGUUUCGUUCAAUCUGUAAUAAAAAGAUGUAAUCAUAAUAAAUAAAUCAUAACUCAUAAUAAUCAUAAUAAGUAAAUCAUAACAAGCAGCGAAACUCCGUACCGUAGAAAGGCUUCGAAGAAUUUAAAGAAGAUAUAAAUUUUAAUGGCUCGGAAUGAAGCUUACGACGAAUUAUGAAAGAGCUAGGCUUCAGAUGGAAAAAAAGAACAGAAAAUAAUCGGAAGCUGGUAAAUGAAAAAAGUAACAUUCGAUUACUACGAAUCGAAUAUCUUCAAAAAAUAAUUAAUUAUAGACAAAAAAGAAGACCGAAUCGACCGAGUUGUAAACUACGCCGAUGAGUCCUAUGUCGACUCAUCACGAUGAUAGCGACUCGGGUGAUGAAAACAGUGAUGAUGAUGAUGGUCAAGAUUAUGAUAACGAAAAAAAAAAUUACAAAUACCAGCUUCGCUUUAACUGAACCAAGACCUGGCAACAGCUCUAGUUUUGACUUAAUAGAAGGAAUAUCUAUUUUACCCCAAGAUUAAAUUAUUACCAUUAUUAACCUAUAUGUUUUGUUGAUGUUCUAAUAAAUAUAUAAAUAAAUACAUAUGUUGAUUUUAAUAAUUUAAUAGCAUUAUGACGCAGAGUAAGUAAUGUUUUUGCACGUGAGUGUACCAUGCGCAAACUUACCCCCACUACGUCAACAAAUGCUCAAGAAGUUUGCCGGUUAUUAUACUUCAUUAUAGAAGGAGAACAUUAUCACGGAAGAAUACCACUGAUAUAAAGACCUUUUUCAUUGUUUUAUUGUUAUCUGAAAUUAGACAGGCUUCAAUCAUUCAAUGUCCUUACUAAAUACUUGUUUGAAAUAAAGUUUACAUGUAACAUUUAAAAAAAAAAACUUUUCCCGCCUAAGGUAUAGUAGUGGUAUGUUUAGUAAAGAAGUUAUUUCAAAAAGAAAAUUAAAAAAUACCUAAUGUGAUUGGACCAAUUGACUUUUAACAAUUAGGAUUGUUUGUUUAGGAAACUAUUGUAAUUAUCAUACAAAUUUUGUAUGUCUCUCAAAGUUUUAAAUCGGUGAUUGGUAAGAAGUAAAUCCAAAUUUGAGAAACAAUUAGUAAUCAGCCGGACAAGUAUAUGAUAAAGUGCUAAUCUAUGGCCUUACUAAUUAUUAAUCACCGAAGGUACCAGGAUCAAUUUAUCUGCCAUAUAUACAGGUUAUGUGCAUAAUAUUAUUGUGCAUUCUUCUUUGUCGUUUCCUCAUUACAGAGGGUCGUGACCACCUUGGUCCAGUUUUUGCACCAGCUUCCUCCAAUGUUGCCUGCAUUCGGCCUGCUUAAUGGCGCCCGGGACGCUGGUGUUUGUGCAUUACAGCGUGUGAAACUACUGCGUAUUAAAAAUUAAUUAAAAUGUAUGACAUUACAUUACGUUUGAAGUCGUCCUGGUCUAAAGGAUAAGACGUCCGUUGCAUUCUUAUCUAGCAAUGCACCGGUGUUCGAAUCCCGCAGGCAGAUACCAAUUUUUCUAAUGAAAUACGUACUUAACAAAUGUUCACGAUUGACUUCCAAGGUGAAGGAAUAACAUCGUGUAAUAAAAAUUAAACCCGCAAAAUUAUAAUUUGCGUAAUUACUGGUGGUAGGACCUCUUGUGAGUCCGCACGGGUAGGUACCACCACCCCGCCUAUUUCUACUGUGAAGCAGUAAUGUGUUUCGGUUUGGCGGGUGGGGCAGCCGUUGUAACUAUACUGAGACCUUAGAACUUAUAUCUCAAGGUGGGUGACACAUUUACCUUGUAGAUGACUAUGGGCUCCAGUAACCACUUAACACCAGGUGCGCUGUGAGCUCGUCCACCCAUCUAAGCAAUAAAAAAAAACUGAGUACACUUCACAAUGAAAUAGCAAAAUAUAUUAAUUUUCUAUAUUUAUUUUAGAGUAAUCAAAUUUAAUCAAAAAAAUAUCGGUUGUUUGUAAGUCGGGGGACUGACGAUAGUUGAACGUGACAACGUCAUAAGAAAAUACUGAUGGAAUGGUUUCAUUUUUAAAUUAUCGCAAUAAUCGUUGCUAUAAAAAAUUGACACCACAUUCACUUUUCACUGAACUUCAUACUUGACGAAAACAUGUAAAUGUAUUAUUGUAUAGCAGCUGUCCACGCGGAUGCAUCGCUCACUCAAGUAGGAGAGAGACAGAUGUCGAACGCUGCCGAACGCGGAGGCCGAUUGUGCCUCUUUGUCGCUCGUUGCGCGCUCUCGCUUGCACUUCAAGCCUUAAAUGGAACGCCUCAGAGUGAGGUAACGCCGCAUGAGUCAUGAUUUUUCGUGCGUGCAGGCAGCUCCAUCGAAUUAUAAGACGUUGUCACGUCAAAAGCUCUUCAUUCAAGGCUGUCACAAGCCAUUUUAUCAUUAUGAAUUUACACCUACUGUACAAAAUACUUAAGGCCUUGAUUAUUUCGAAAUUAAUCUCUCAUAUUAAAUUCUUCUAGUCCAAAAAACCUGACUAGUUCUAUAUGGUGUAAUCCUUCUAAGUCUUUGGUAAUAUAUUGGAGGGUAGUUCACAAAUCUAAAUUCAGGCGAAACUUCAUAUCUCUGAGAGUAAACCUGUUAAAAAAAAGUAUUUUUUAAGAGUUGUGAAGUUAAAUAGUUAUCGAAUUUUAGUUGAGUUUUCUGUAGUUAUUUUAAAAAUUAAUUAUCUAUUCAUUUAACAAUAUAUUUUUUAUAGGUAAAUACAUUAAUGAUAUAUAAAUAUUUAUCAUGACCUAAUCAAUAAUAUGCGUAUUUUGGGCUUGUGAUUAUUAACAAUAAAACAAUUCGAUCGGAAAUUCGAUCGUUUGGGGGUAUACGAUAAAGGGAAUCUUCAUCGGUCAUCGAGCGAGUGAUAUUGCUCAGUAGACCGACGGUCCAAAUGUUGUUGUUCGGAACUUUUAUUUAAUAUGCAAGCUUAUCUUGAAAAUGUUGUGAGAUUCAGGCAUCUGACCUUACUGGCAGUAGGACCUCUUGUGAGUCCGCGCGGGUAGGUACCACCACCCUGCCUAUUUUUGCCGUGAAGCAGUAAUGCGUUUCGGUUUGAAGGGUGGGGCAGCCGUUGUAACUAUACUUGAGACCUUAGAACUUAUAUCUCAAGGUGGGUGGCGCAUUUACGUUGUAGAUGUCUAUGGGCUCUAGUAACCACUUAACACCAGGUGGGCUGUGAGCUCGUCCACCCAUCUCAGCAAUAAAAAUAAAUAAAUAAAAAUCUCAAAUAUCCUGUACCUACUGUAUGAUAGCUACCGCUACAGGUUGCUUAUUCUUUGGUGGUUACUUUCUUUGGUUCGCCCAAGUUGCAAACACGAUCAAAACUACGUUACGUUUAUUAUUUAUUACAUUUUAUCAUAUCACACAUAUUUUAUUUUAAUACAGCAUUGAAUUUUAUCAUUAUUAGUACUAAGUAUUUAUUGUUGCAAGUGUAAUUCCUUUUUUCUGCUGUCACUAUAAUUGAGACCUUAGAACUUAUAUCUCAAGGUGGGUGGCGCAUUUACGUUGUAGAUGUCUAUGGGCUCCAGUAACCACUUAACACCAGGUGGUCUGUGAGCUCGUUCACUCAUCUAAGCAAUAAAAAAAAAAACAUAUUACUGUUAAAAACAUGAUGUUUCCACAUAGUAAAAUAUUUUAAUUUUUUGCAUUUUAAAUUUCGAGCACAAUUACUGUUAAUCAAAUAAUAGCAGCAAAUGCUACCAUAAAACCUACCUUGUACAUAUUAUUAUAUAAAAUUAAAAUUGACAAUAGAACAAAUUUCGUAACCAUAUUUUUUUUUAUUGUAAUAAUAUUAUGUUGCACAAUAAAUUGCUUUAACAUUCA